GCUAUUUGUAAUCGGAAAUGCCUCUUUUCCAAAGAAAAUUCACUGUACCAAAGUUUCCUGCUCGAAAAGCGUCUAGUAUGACAAAUUUAUCACAUUUGGACUCAACUGCUAGAAGUCAAGAGUUCAGUAUGGAUUUUGGACCAGUUAGAACACGUUUAAGUGGACGUGAUCUUGUUUUCCGUAAUGGACAAUGGAUCAUUGAAGGAGAAAAUGGAAUGCUAAAUGAUGAAUCUGGAAAUGCAACUCAAUUGGGCCGUGAAACAUUUCGUAUUAAAAAAGAAAAUCAUCAAUUAAUUGAAGAAAAUAAUUUGUUAAAGUUGAAAAUUGACAUACUCUUAGAUAUGCUUGCUGAAACUACAGCUGAAGUACAUUUACAAGAGAACGAAAUUGAAAAUCUACGCAAUACAUUGCACAAAAAACCAAAUACAACAAUUCAAGUUUCUUAAUUAUAACUGUUGUUACUAUUGAAAAAUUUUUACAAUAGAAUAAUUAAAUCUGUACGAAAGCUUUAAUGUGAUAAAACUUUAUCAGCGAUUAUAAUUAUAAUAUGAGCUAAUUACUUAUUAAAAAAUGGAAUAUUUACCAACUCCUUGUUAUUGCUAAAUUGAAAGCUAACAACAUAUCAUUCUUAGUUUGCAUUUCGUCGAUCUCUCUUUGCAUUCUCUUACUAGUAAUAUAUCUAUUUGGUUUGUAUAAAUGUUGUGAAUAAAU